UCACCGGCAGCGCACGGGGUGUUCCCGAUGCGUCGCGUCGCCAGCUGACGGAAGUGAGGAGCGUUUGUGUCGUCUGUGAGGUUCCUGCGCUCCGCUCGUGUCAUGAGAUCAGCGCGUUUAUUAUGGCCGCCGUACCGGGUUUGUGUCAUAAUGACCGGAGCGACGACGACACCGCCGAACCCGACGAGUCUCUGCAGUCCAUGCUGAAGGCCAUCGCGGACGAGCGGAACCGCCUGAACGUCAGACAGGAUCUCAGCGGACUGGGUUGCUUUAAGGAUGAUCGUAUAGUUUUCUGGACGUGGAUGUUCUCCGUAUACUUCAUGGAGAAAUUGUCUCCUCGUCAGGAUGAUAUGCUCUUCUAUGUGAGACGCAAGCUCGCCUAUGUCAGCGAAGACAACACUGAAGGGAAGAAGGUGGAGGUUGAGGUUUAUAGAAGAGACUCGAAAAAACUUCCAGGUCUGGGAGAUCCUGACAUCGACUGGGAGGAGAGCGUUUAUCUCAACCUCAUCCUGCAGAAACUGGAUUAUGUGGUGACAUGUGCAGUGUGCACACGCUCAGAUGCAGGAGACAUCCACAUCCACAAGAAAAAGUCUCAGCAAGUGUUCGCAUCUCCAAGCAAACACCCCAUGGACAGCAAAGGUGAAGAGUCCAAAAUGAGCUACCCCAACAUCUUCUUCAUGAUCGACAACUUUGAGGAGGUGUUCAGUGAUAUGACCGUUGGUGAAGGUGAGAUGGUUUGUGUUGAGUUGGUGGCCAGUGAUAAAAGCAACACUUUUCAGGGCGUCAUCUUCCAGGGCUCCAUCCGCUACGAGGCCCUCAAGAAGGUUUACGACAACCGGGUCAGCGUAGCCGCUAAGAUGGCCCAGCGCAUGUCAUUCGGUUUCUACAAGUACAACAACAUGGAGUUUGUAAGGAUGAAGGGUCCUCAGGGCAAAGGUCACGCUGAGAUGGCAGUGAGCCGAGUGCCCACCGGAGACACGUCACCCUGCGGGACCGAGGAAGAUCAAGAUUCACCGCUCCACGAGAGAGUGACAUCAUUCAGCACCCCGCCCACCCCAGAGAGAAACAGACCCUCCUUCUUUUCACCAUCACUGAGGCGCAAAGUUCCCAGAAACCGAAACGCAGAGAUGAAGAAAUCUCAUUCAGCCAAUGACAGCGAGGAGUUCUUCAGGGAGGAUGAUGAUGAAGAUCUGUGUAACGCCACAAACCUGCGCUCUCGAUCUCUGUCGGGCACGGGCCGCUCGCUGGUUGGUUCUUGGCUGAAGUUGAACAGAAAGGAGGAAUAUUUCCUGCUGUAUUCUCACCUCACAUACGUGACCCUUCCCCUGCAUCGCAUCACCACAGAUAUUCUGGAGGUGAGACAGAAGCCCAUUCUGAUGACAUAACAUUUCCUGACUUGAGAAAACCAAGCUACCAAGUGCCUCCUCACAUCAGGCCCUGAGCAUCGGUCAUCUGAUGUCUGGACAAACAACCAAAAACUACAAACUACACAACGAAGAGGAUAAGAUUAAAGUCCAUCAGAAGUGCCUCUUCCACCUGAUCAUCUGUGUGACGGCUCGAUUAAACCUGACGCUGACACAAGAAGGGAAAUGUUUUUAAAAGAAACUGAAUAAACGAAUGUGGUUCUUGUAAAUACACCGCUGCUUAUAUACUCAGUGAAAUGGAUCGACUCCACCCCCUCUCUCUCUUAGUCCCGCCCCCUUCCCGAGACACUCGUAGGUUUCACGAUAUUGCCGAUUUUGUGCAUAGUAUAUUUUGAAGAAAGGGAAGUUCCUGCAGCUCAUAGGCCUUAAUACGUCGCUAACCAGCUCAUAUAUAACAAACAUCGUCCAUGUGAUGACUUUUUUAAACGCUUCUGUACUUACACGACUGUCUUGUGUUUGAGGAUCUUUGUCAUAUCCAGAUACUAGUGAAGAUGAUGUGUUGACUGGAGGAGGAUUGACGCCCGCUGUCCAUAUGUGUGACACUACCAUCACAAACACGUCUGAUCUUUCAUUUCUCUGUGAGUGUUUGUAGAGAUGAACCUCCGUCUGACGCUAUGAACUUUUUUGCACUAAAGGGCUUUUGGAUUUGAAGAUGUAUAGCCGACCCAAACUGUCUGUCAGUAUUCAUGUUUUAUAUGUGUGUGUGUGUGUGUGUGUCAGCUGAAUGUAUUGAUCCGACAGCUUUAAUAUCCAUUUGAUAUUUGAUAGGCAAAGAAGUUGCCAUCCAUCCAGCCGUAUUUUGAAACUAUUUUACGACUCUGCUGUAGGUUAAGAGCUGUUUUUAAGAAAGCCCUGUUUAAUCGCUUUACAUGCGCUUUUGUAUCAAUGGUACUUCAGCAAAGUUAAUGUGCAUGUUGUCAUAUUUAUGUUGAUGAUAUAUAUCUACACUUUUCUUGAAAAUACACAUUCCAAAAAGCUAUUGUUGAAGUAAAACAUUGUGCACAAUUACUGAAAAUGUAUUGUGGGAUAUUGACAUGAAGAUUGUAAAGAUGAUUUUUAGUUUCCUACAGUGUGACGUCAAAUCCGACCAUCAAAAUGAAGAUCAAUUAAAAUAUUACAGCAGAAGAUUCCCGUUCACACUGCAGAUCAAUUCAGUUGUCACUUCACUUUCAGAUCUUGAUUUAUGAAUUGACAACCGGUUUAGAAGUAAAUUUCUCUGUAUAAUUGCUCUCGUUGUACUUUGAUGGUUUGAUGUUGGUUCUUGUGGUUCUGAUUGAGGUCAAACACACUUUAUUGAGUUCUUCAGUCAGGAUUAUGUGAUGGAUGUGAAGCUUCAGGUUCAGAUUCAUCAACCUCAGGUCCAUCAUGAGAAGAAACACAAGAGGGCAGCAACGAUUCACAUUGAAGAAUGAGUCAAACAAAUCAACGAUGAUUAAAAUCUGUUCUGAAAGUAAAAUCUUCACAUUAUUUAAUAAAUCACUUGAUAUUA